AUGCCUUUUGCAGAGCUGCAACCGCCCAGAAAUCUUCAAAUUGACCCUUCAGAAUUUGGCGCUUUGAAAAUCUCCUGGCACCCGCCCGACUCUCAGAUCCUUCUAGAGGCAUAUGAGAUAAUUCUCAAGAACUUGACGUCCUCUGAGGAGAUUCAGGCGCGCAAGUGCAGACACCUGCAGUCUGUGGUGGGCAACGGUAGCUUACAGAUGAAAGUUCUCGGGACGGACACCUCGGCCUACUUUGGCAACCUCAUUCCCGACACCUUCUACCGGGUGGAUGUGUUUGCUCUGUCAGAGGACGAACGUAGUGCCCCGGCCAGCCUAUCCUCCUCCCCACUGGUGCCUGGUAUGCCACCCACUCUACCGCCGGACAAGGUGAGCUGGUCCUAA